GCAUGGUAGAAACGAACAUGGACUUUUAGGAUGGAACAACGCAUCCAACAACAGCAACUACUACCACAUGUUAAAUAAUGUUGUUCUUUUCUUUGCGUUAAAUGUCUCUGUCUCAACAUUAACAAGUUUCAGUAAGUCGCACUAAGUCACUAACAAGAAAAUCCAUCGUUGCAGCAAUCAACUCAAUCGGCUACAACUCUUGUUCAAAAAUGUCCUCCGUUUCCUGUGAGAUAGACAGUAGCGUCUCUUCUGGCGGAGACGACGCGACCCCCACACCAAUGGAUAUAGACGGAGAGGAUGCUUUUAUUACGGCUAGCUUGAUAUCACUAUCCCAUGUAGUUCUUGUGGACUAUCAUGUGCUGGACUAACUAUGCUGAAGAGUGGAUUCCCCUCACUAUCUCAUGUGGACUAACUAUGCUGAGUGGAUCGAUUCCCCUCAGAAGGCAAGGGAAAAGAAAGCAACUCACUCAGCCACGUGAUUGACUAGCGUUAAUUUCAGCGUGGAAGAGAAUUCCUCUGAGGGUGUCGAACAGCUCACGCCCUACGUGCCGCCUACCGCACGUUCCCGCGUGAACACUGAGGAGCCAGCAGUCAACACUGGUGGUGGUGCUGGUGCCAGUGUUGGCGGGGGAAUGGCCGUAGUUAUGUUGUGGUUGUCGUCUAGUACAUUGCACUUAGUCAUGUAUUCCUGAAACCUACACGGCUUGAGAAUAGUGUGCAGUUUUUACGAAAUUAGUAGCUGGUUAAUUACCUUCUAAGAUGUACAGCCGAAUUGCAUCCACGACAAGCCCAAACCGAGGACGGGAAUCGAUAACCAGCAUUAUGCUACGAAGAGCGUCCGAGUUUGCUCUCGCAGGUGUACCAAGAACAAGCUACGGUGGUACUCCGAUUCUGACUCCUCAGCAGAGGCGUGAACGAGAGUUGCUUUCCCGUGUGCUGUUCUCAGAUGACCUUUUUUCCACUUGUAUCGCACCCUUUCUGGAUUUGAGAGAGUGGCAACCCUUGUUACUUACCUGCCGCGAGGCUGCGCGCGUGCUAACGACCGGCGACGGGCGCGCCGUGGGGUCAACAUUGGUCCUCAAAGCAAAGAAAAUACAUGCGGUUGGAGGGGCAAAUCUUAUGUGCAAGAGACAGUACGAGUACUAUGAUCUUCAACAGGAUAUCGAUAUGGAUGGACACGGGGGAUCGUGCCCUUGGUUAAUUCUAGUCCUAAUCCUAGGCAAAGCAAAAGGAAAUAGAGCGUGCCUUUGCCUAUUCAUCUUGUUCCACUAAUCCACCAGCAGUGAACUCGAGCAAACGACCACGUUACAAAGUUCAGCGGCCUUUCUUUGUAGGGGUUGCACAACUGCGAGUACUUUCUGUAGAGGUAGAGGAAUUUGAAAGGGUUUUGCCGAGACGAGAUAUGAGUGCUCUUUUGGAUUUAUGAAGAGAUUUACUGCUGGUCUUGUUUUUAUUUUUAUGCUGCUAAGAGGACUAGUUUUCUCCUACAAAAAGAAAGGUGAUUGAAUGGGAAAACACAAAACUUUUAUGGCGAUAACACUGAUUGAUACUGAAACGAGUUGAUCAAGCACCACCUUCCUCAUCCUCUAAUCACUGCCCUCUUGCCAUUUUUUAUGCCCUCCGGAGCAUUGGAAAAGCUGGUUGAGUUUUCUCUACCCCACUACGCCAAUGUUGGGUUCAUGCUACCACCACCAGUAGAACAUAACGGAAUUACAGCCGUUUUGCCAAGAGCUGCGAUGACGAAAAAGUGGACACGAAGCAAUGGGCAGGAAGUGCCGUUUGGUAUAUUACCUCUGCAAUUUAUUUUCCGCGAGAAAUACUAGGAUCAUGGUUGUGAGUGAAUUUCGAAAUUCAGAACUGGAUUUUUAGCAUGAGGACGAAUGCUUCACCUGUCUUCGAAAGGUCCAGCGGAAGCUCCUCAGCGAAAAACGACCCAGCUUGCGCGAGGCUUGCGGAGUUUGACAGUGCUUGAAGUCUUGGAAAUUCCGGUUGCAGUCGCGCUUGCCCGAGUUGGGGUUCCGCGUUUAACUUCAUGCCGCUUACGAAGAUUCCUGAUAUUCGGCAAGCUGGAAUUGAGCCGCAUCAAUCGAGGAUGUCUUGCUUUUCAGCUGGCGGUUCAAAACAAGAUCCAAGACUUUGGGUGCAGGAUUGGCCCAAUACCAACGGGGGCUGCGCGCAAAGCCGUACUUAAGGGUAGAAGUUUAUCUUCACCUUAGCUUCCCAUGUAGAAGUUUAUACCGCGUGUGGCGUGAAAUCCCCCUUUUUGAUCUGAAGGGGAAAAUAAUAAAGGGGGAAAAGGGCAACUCACUCGGGCAGGGAUAGUGAAAAACUACCGCUAACGUACGUGCCGAUACAGUGGCGUUCGUCUACAAGAAUGGGAAGGAAAAACUAGAAGAAGUAAGAGCAACAGCUAACGGAGCCGGCUUACAACUCCAGUCCUCUGAGCAAGUCUUGGGUGCUGGAAUGAGUUCAUCCAGUUUAUUUGCAAAGAAUAAAAAUACUACUGGUUCUACUACAUCUACAGCUGCUACAACAUCUGCUCUAGUGGAGCCAGACGACCUCGUGACGGAACAAGUACAGGAGUUUUUCCAGAACAUAUUAGCGAACCUGCAUCGUCUUCGGCUCUAUUGUGCAGCUCGAUAUUGUACUGGUGGCGCUCUGUGGGCCGAAUUGUGGAAACCGAAUCGUCCUCAGUUGAAGGAGCUCAUUUUCGGAGAUCCUAAUUCUGUUAUGGCGGUCACGGUAGAAGAUCUUGUACUCAGUUUCAAAGUACUCUGGAGAGGAUCAAGAGCUAGUUGUCCUAGUAACAGUAAGGCUUCAGGAAUCUUUAUUUAUUAGUCUCAGGCAAGGCUCAUCAACAUGCUCAGAGCCAAAUAACCGUUUCCUCUAACAUUCAAGAUUACUUCCCACUCGAACCGGUCCUGAGUUUUCCGAUCCCCCACAGCGUCAAGACGUUGCGGAUCCAUAGUGUAGAUUUCUCAAAGGCCGAUCCAGCAAAAAUUACUGCAUUUUUUGCUCCAGAGGAACUACAAGUUGACGAUAAGAAUAAAGGUAUCAUCUUCAACACUAUGACAGAAAAAAGUGUACUCAUAGUACUCAAGAAAAGAGGCACUUUCUAAAUAGGAAUAAGUGCCUACUUUCUUGAGGAUGACGAGUACACUUUUUCGUUUCAUAAACACCGGCGCAACAGCGGCAGCGUCGAGUGUCAUCAAGCGUGUGCCAGCGAUGUUGAUGUCUGCGAAAAGGGUGCUGGAACAUCAGGCAGCGGGAAGGAAAGGAAGUUCAACAGUGGAUACUCUUUCCCUUUCCGGGAGUUAUUCUACUACAGGGGUGCCGUCAUCUUCAACUUGUUCUUCAAGGACGACAUCACUUUCCAGUCUUCAACUCGGUCAGCCAGGACCUGCUCAGCCCAACAGCACGACGAGUUCCUCAACACUAGGCCAAGAUGAACCUCGUCCGACAACUACAACAUCAAUCUCAACAACUGAUAUCAAUGUCAAUGUGAAUUGCGCACAUCAAGAUGAAGUACAAGCUGCACCUCCUACUUCGACUAGCACAACAACAUCUUCUUCAUCAACGAUUGUCAUUCAGAAUGGCUCUUUUGCAACGGCCACAUCAACUUCUUCUAGUAGUGGAACUACAUCUACUGUUCCUACUUCUACUUCUACGCCUCCUCCAUCAUCUCCCGCACCAACCUCCGGACCCUUGGCGAAUGUCACUUACCUUGACCUGGAGACUGAAAAUCGCUUUGGCUCAGUCAAUGUUGGCGUGUUGUAUGGAAUGCUGAGCGCAACCUCAGUUUUGCCAUCAUUGGACCCAAGCUGCCGACAAAGUUUAAUUUAUGCUUUUCAUUUCACACACGACGGUUAGCUUUCACCUCUAUGCUUUUUAGGCUUACCCCUCUAAACAACAUGAUAUCUUAGAAAAAAACAGCCCCUGGUGAUGGUGUCUCCUCUACUACAAGGUGAUUGAGUUACUUAUCAUUAUAUAUAGAUAUUAUAUUUAUAAUUUUGAUUUUCUAUUCAUCACCUAAGCUCCGCAUCUUUCACUUUCUCCCCCAUCUUCUAAUUUUGCCGAUACUUCGAAACCGCAGCUAGGACGAAGAAUACGACCAAUGCAGGCGAAAGUAGCUCUGAUGAGGCGUCGGAUGACGAGGAUGACGAACAAAGUGACAGCGAAUAAGUGUGAGUCUUCAAAAAUCCAGUUUUUUGUAGCAUCGAAUCCAGUUAAAGUUGAUUUCGUUUUUACGUUUUUCUUUUUCAUUUGCUUGAUGUAGAAGAUGGUGGUGGCCUUGAUCAUGGUAGUUGGCCAGUAUGAAGUUAUUUUCUUAUGAGUAUCAAGUUACUUUUAAUGUUGGAAAUUAUACUUUCUGCACAGGGCUGUCGCAUUUACCGCUAAGAGUAAUUGCAGCCAAUUAUUUAGAUGAGUUACGGGCAUCAAUUGAAUCAAAUUAGUACUCUUCCAAAUCCAAUUGUAAAGUGAGAAUCUCUCUUCUUGUUCUUCAGUGGAACAGGAUAAUCUAACCUAUUAGACAGCAGACCGGCUAGACGAAAUCGAUACAGACAGACUUUCUACCAUCAUAAAACUUAAUAAAGCUCGUAUGUACAGUUGACUAAGUCACAAGUAGAGGGAAGUGGAAUUACUGGAGAUUGAGUGCGUCCCGUUUUUGGAAUUUUGAAAGACCUUGAUGAACUGUGAAGCUAGAUACAAGGACAACCAUCGUCCCUUUAUCGAGACAAAAAUGGCAAUGCAUUCAUGAUCAAAAUUAAUACUAGUACUUUUCGAAUGCAAAACCUUCUCCUUAAACAUCUCCUCGAUGACGCUGCUGCGAUGGCUGAGUUAUUGUCUAGUAUGUGGACGCAUCGCUUAGAUUAGCG